AGAAGCAAAUACAGCAUCUCCAGCACCAUCCAUUGCUACCCCCUCUAUGGCCUCCACCUCGUCCCCGUCCAGGGGCACGUUGCUUUCGUCAUCCCCUUCCUUCCAGAUGCCGGCUCUUUUCAGCGGUUUACGGGUGCUGAAGAAAGGAGCAGCAGGGGACGAGAGGGAGACACUCUCAGAGAUCAAGCAGAGUGAGAAGGACGCUGAGCUGGCUCUGCUCAGCCUGAAGAAGACGGUAAACAAGGCCAAGCUCUUGCCUGAGCAGAAGACAGCUUCUCCAGCCAAAAAACAUGCAGAGCCUAAACCCAUUGCUGACACCAAAAGCACCGUAAUGGGACAGCUCAGUCACCUCCUUAACCUAGACAACCACAAGGAGACCAAAAAGCUGAAUGAUGGACAGGAGGCUAAUCCUGAACCCACCAGACAAAUUGAGUCUGAGAAUGGAGAAGAGGAUGCAGAGGAGAAAACUCAAGAUGCAAAGAGCACCACAUCCCCAUCUGAAAUAAGGAAAACUGCAGACUUGGCCUAUGAAACCUUUAGGAACAUCUUUGGCCCCAAAACUGCUAAAAAGGAAAAAACUGAAAAUGUCGAUCUUGAUGCAGUGAAAAAGAAAAUCAAGAAUGACAAGGAAAAUCUGAGGUGUAUUUUUGAGAGAGCCUCCAAAUCCCCCAGCAAGGAACUCAAAACUUCCACAGAGGCUAAUACAGAGCUCACGUCACCUACAGACAGCGAGGACCGGACUCCAGGGCGUCUGCAGGCUGUGUGGCCCCCACCCAAACCAAAAGAUGAAGAAGACAAGGUGGGGCUCAAGUACACCGAAGCAGAGCACCAGGCUGCCCUCUUGCAGCUCAAGAGAGAAUGCAAGGAAGACUUGGAGAGAAUGCAUUCAGAUUUUGAGCUCCAGAUCUUCCAGCUUCGAGGUGAGCAUGCCGUCUCGAUAUCGCACCUGGAGGGAGUCAUUGCCAAGAUGCAGAGAGACAAGGCGUACAAUACAAGUCAGGAGCGAGGUGAGGUCCGCAAUGUUGCUGUGUCCACUGCAGACGAUCCGACACCCAAGACGUACCGCACUGUGGGUAUCCAGACUGACAGGGAAACCUUCAUCAAGAGCCCUGAGGUUGACAGCAGCGGGCUCACUCAAAGCCCCACCCAGACCAUGCCGAAAAAACUUAACAUGGACUCUAUCGGACUGAAUCUGGAGGUCAAAGCUGAAACAACCCCUGGGCCUCCUGGACCACCCCCACCUCCACCUCCACCUCCACCUCCACCUCCCCCACCCCCACCAGGCCUCUCGGGACCACCACCACCACCACCCCCUCCUCCUCCCCCUCUGCCAGGCAACAUGGGAGCACCGCCACCACCACCUCCACUCCCUGGAGGUGGCCCACCACCCCCGCCACCUCCACCUCCCCCUCCUGGCCUACCUGGAGCUGGUCCACCUCCUCCUCCCCCUCCUCCGGGCUGUGGCCCACCACCUCCUCCUCCCAUGAGGGGAUUCAGUUUUGAUCAGAUGGUGGAGAAGGCUCCACGGAAGUCUGUCAUUGAGCCGGCCUGUCCCAUGAAGCCUCUGUACUGGACCAGGAUACAGAUACAGGAAAAUAACAACAACACACUAUGGGGCGCUCUGAAGGAACCUGACAUUGUCAACGCCAAGGAGUUCGAAGAUCUUUUUUCCAAGGCCACGCUGCAGCCGAAGAAGAAGCCCCUGUCGGACACCUAUGAGAAGAAAGGCAAAACUAAGAAGAUCAUCAAGCUGCUGGAUGGGAAGCGUUCACAAGCAGUUGGCAUCCUCAUAUCGAGCCUGCACCUGGAGAUGAAGGAUAUUCAGCAAGCUGUUCUUACUGUGGACAACUCUGUGGUGGAUUUGGAGACCAUUGAAGCUUUGUACGAAAAUAGGGCCACUACUGAUGAGAUGGAGAAGAUCAAGAGACAUUAUGAGAAAUCCAUAGAAGAUGAAGUCAAACUGCUGGACAAACCUGAACAGUUUCUCUAUGAGCUCUCCCAGAUUCCCGACUUUGAGGGCCGGGCUCACUGCAUCAUCUUCCAGUCAGUGUUCCUUGAUACCAUCUCCUCCAUCCAUUGUAAGGUGGACAUCAUCUCCAAUGUCUGCAAAUCGCUGCUAGAGUGCAACAGUUUGCAGGAUGUAAUGGGUCUUGUUCUGGCCUUUGGGAACUAUAUGAACGGAGGUAACAGGACUAGAGGUCAAGCUGAUGGCUUUGGACUAGAGAUCCUCCCCAAACUAAAGGACGUCAAGAGCAGGGACAAUCGUAUCAAUUUGCUGGAUUAUGUGGCUUUAUACUACCUGCGUAAUUUUGACAAGCAUGCCGGUACAGAUAAGAGUGUGUUCCCUUUGCCGGAGCCUCAGGAUUUCUUCCAGGCUGCCCAGGUCAAGUUUGAUGACCUCGCUAAGGACAUCAGGAAGCUGAAGAGAGAUUUGACUGCUUGUGAGAGGGACGUGCAGAAGGUGUGUACUAACUCAUCAGAGGAACACCUCCUGCCCUUCAAGGAGAAGAUGGAGGGAUUUGUCUCUGAUGCUCAAAAGGAGCAUUCUUCUGAAGAGGACCGGCUCAACACAGCACAGAAAAGUUUCCAGGACAUGGUGAGCUACUUUGGGCUUAAGCCAAAGGCCGGGGAAAAAGAUGUAGCCCCGAGUUACGUCUUUAUGUUCUGGUACGAGUUCUGCUGUGACUUCAAGAGCACCUGGAAACGACAAAGCAAGAACAUCUCCAAGGAGAGGUUAAAAGAAGCGCAAGAAAAUAUCAAGAAGAUUACGGCAGAGAAGAGAGUCGAAACCAAGAAGAUCAACGCCAACAGUUUGAAAGAGAGGCUGCGGCAGAAGGAAGCCAGCGUGUCCUCCAGCUGAGAGCUGGUGAAGAUCAGAGGCGAGAAAGUGUGCAGGUCUCAUCUCUCCUGCAUUUAGCACCUGCCUCAACAACACUGGACUGCCCUCCAUGCCCCGUACGGGCUCAUGAUCCUUGCUGGACUCACUGCCGUUGCUCUGCUCUGCUCUACUAACAGCACUGGACACCCCCACCCAUCCCCACUUUACACUCCGCCACCCUCAUGUUGAGCAUUCUCCGCAGUGAGGAUGCGUGGCUGACACAGCCGAAGUGAUGAGAGUCUCAAAAGCCAAAGGUUGACCUCAUUCAUCCAGCAUGGCGUGACCUCUGAGUUCCCAGCUUGUGAAAGGUCUCAAGGGGUCAGUGGGAUUCACAACAGUGCCAGCUGACACAUGCCCAAGAUUUCUCCUGGGUCUCCAGAAGCUGAGAAUGUAACAUGUAACGUCAGACACACAUAUUUAGAGUGUUAAUACAGAUUGUUGUACGAACAGAUCCAACUGCCUGCAGAUUUCUGCUCAGAGGAAAAACCCUGUUGAAAAAAAAAUCUCUCUCUCUAUCUCUCUCUCUCUCUAUCUAUCUUUCUCUCUCUCAAAGCAGUAAGAAAGCAGUACCCAGCAUCCUUUGCUGUAGCGAAUAGCUUUUCAUUCACCACGGCUCAUUAAAAGUCUUGUAAAUACGUAACAGGGACUGCUCAGUUUAGUUCUGCCGAAUGAGGAAUAUGAUAAAUUAUCCGUGCUGGGCUUCGAGUGCAGAUAAAGCCAUGUUGUGUAUAAGUAUGUGCACGUACAGAUCAGUAUGUAGAGGUUUCACUGUGUUGUGCUGCACUGCAUCAGACCGAUCUCUCCUGGGUUACGGCCGGAGAAGAGCAGAACCCGACUGACAUGGACCUGAUCACACACACACACACACACACACACACACGCCCUGAAAAAUGUCAAAAGAACACAACAGGUCUUGGCUGUAAACCCACUCACCCAAGGUAAUAAACGUAUUAAUUAAUAGCUUUAUGGAAAGCUGUUAAUCCCUUAUUGAUUGCCGUACAUCACAGUGUGUCCGGCACACUUUGAAGCACUUUCCUGUUUGCAGUAGCAGUGUGUUAUAGCUCGCUUUAAACCACACUCUUAUGUUAACUGUGCAUUUUUCAGCUGUAUUGCACUUUUUUGCACCUCUUUUCCUAUGCAAGGUUCUAUUUCUUUCCUUGUUAUAAGAUGAAUUAAUUGUAUCGCCUCAUGAUGAAAUCCUAUUAGAUUUUUUUUUUUAUUUCUAAGAAAGUGUAUUAAGUUUUAUUUUCACAAAUGUAAGAUGUAACCAUGCUCCUGUGUCAUUCAAGAAAAGUAUAUUUAUGUAAGGAAAGAUUUAUUUUAUUCCAAAAAACAAAACAAAAAAAUACAUUAGCUUUGUUCCCUUUGAGGCUGUAUUUUUAUGAGUUGUAAUUUAAUUGACUGAGAAGCUGCCUGUUGGGUCAGUCAGAUGAAAGAUAUAUUUUCACAUGGAUGUCACUUGUGCGUAGAAUGGAGGCCGGUUGCCUUUUCUGUUUUGGGUAGCUCUGAACAUUCAACCAUAUCACCAGAAGCCAUGUGAGUUGUUAUACCUCAGACAGACUUCCAUUAUCAGAAUAUCUAUAAAACUGCACCUUGGAUUAUUUUUUUUACCCUCCAAAGUCUUUGAUGUGUGCCAUUUAUUUUGUAUAAAACUAAAAAUAUUUCAGAACUCUAUAAACUGCAACAAUUUACUCCAGAGUUUGAAAAAGAAAAAGUGAGCUGAUACUGAUCAAGGAAAUGUUGAAGCCUCUACUGUCUGUAUGUCAGUUUGUGUAAC